AUGUUGUCACACAUAGGCAACAAGUCAAACAGGUGUGCCGUGAUCUGGCCAAGGCUGAGGGCAAAGACUUCACUUUUCCUCCGCAGCCUUUUACAGCUGAAUCUGUUGCUGUUGCCUGUGAAGCAUCAAAAUCAUCCAGGAGUUUCCAGCAAUCCAUCAGGAGGAAGGGACAUAAUCACAUCAGGAUUAUCAGCUAUAAAAGCUAACAACCAGCAAGAGAACUUCGAGGCGGCGAGAGAAAAACUAGGAGAAAUCUUACACCCUUUACAGGAUUUCUACAGUCACAGUAACUGGGUGGAACUGGAGAACAAACUCCCAAACUCCAAUCUGAUCCGAUCAGGCACCAGCAUUGGUAACAUAGCAGAUGAAAGCAGAGAGACCUGUCGCAACUGUGAUGGAGACGACUGCAGGAACAACAUUUUGGAGGAUAUCCUGCGGGAAAAUAUACUUACGUCAGGAUAUUUUAGUAUUCUGUUCUCAAGCAAACAGAAAGGAAAAUGCAGCCAUGGAGGUAAAUUUGAUCGAACAAGAAAGACAGAGCCUACUGGUGGGAUCAACAAAGACAAUGUAAAUUCAAACCAUGGACAUCUCCACACUAAAGCAGCAAAUAUGGCGAUAGCUGCAACCAGUGAGCUACUUGAGGACAUUCGAGGAGCUGCUGGUGACAGACCAUUCCUCCAGAUGAUGGGACUCUCCAAAGGAUCCAGUAAAGCGCUUUGUUUCGCGAUUGACACAACAGGAAGCAUGAGUGAUGACAUUGCGGCAGUGAGGGACGUCACUUCCUCUAUAAUCAACAGCAAAGUGGGAACAGAGGAUGAGCCCUCAGUUUACAUACUGGUACCUUUCAAUGAUCCAGAUUUUGGGCCACUGAUGAGGACUACAGACCCACAACUCUUCAAGAAUGCUAUUAAUUCACUGACAGCAACUGGUGGAGGAGAUCUGGAGGAAAUGAGUCUUUCAGGACUUCAGCUGGCUUUAACUGGUUCUCCACCUAAUUCUGAGAUCUUCGUCUUCACGGACGCACCUGCUAAAGACACACAUCUGAGAAGUACAGUGUUGGCACUCAUAGAGCAGAAAAAGACGGUGGUUAAUUUCAUGAUAACUUCCAUAUUGUCUCGUCGUCGAAGACAGAUUGAUAACGACCAACAACAAAAACUCACUCGAAUGGUGGCAUCAGAUGUGCAGUUGUACAGAGACCUGGCUCAGGCUUCAGGAGGUCAGGCUAUUGAAGUCACAAAGAGUGAGCUCCCUGAGGUCACCAGCAUCAUAACUGAGUCCUCCAGCUCCUCUCUGGUGACCCUUCUGCAGGCAGCCAGGAACCCGGGAAAAGCAGAAAAUUUCACUUUUACAGUUGAUGAGACAAUAAGAAACCUCACAAUUUACAUCACUGGGACAGCUGUCACCUUUACUCUCGUCAGUCCCUCAGGUAACAUGACAGGAUCCUCAAUCACUGCAUCUCAAUCAGUGGGAAACUUCCAGACUCUGCAGCUAAAAACACAAGCAGGACUGUGGGAAAUAAGAAUGGCGUCAACAAAUCCCUACACUCUGAAGGUCGUAGGUCAGAGUGGCAUUGACUUCCUGUUUGACUUUUUGGAGGUAUCUCAGGGCCCGUUCGGAGGUUUUGAUGUUAUAGACAAUCGCCCCAGAGCUGGUGUUAAUGGUAGCCUGAUGGUGACGGUAACUGGGAGCGACUCCGCCACAGUGACAGAGGUCACCCUGGUUGAAUCUUUGGGGUCAGGAGAGGUUAACGGCAGCGUGGAGGCUCAGGGUGGUAGAGACUUCUUAGUUCAUUUUGACAGGAUACCAUCACAGGAGUUUGUGGUGCUCAUAAAGGGGCAAAACAGCAAUGGUUCCUCCAAAGCAUCCUCAGUGUUGUUCCAAAGACAGUCACCCACCAGCAUCAGAGCCUCUACUCUGACUGUUACUGCUGAUGAUUCAAACAACGUCUUAGUACCAGGAACACCACUGUCAGUGCCCUUCUCUGUGAUGACCAGCGGUGCAGGAGGAAACUUCAACAUUCAGGCUAACAAUGACCAAGGUUUUGCCUCAUCUUUCCCAUCCAGUUUAAUCCUGGAAACUGGAGGCAGUGCUAACAGUACAGUGAACCUCACAGCGCCUCUCAACACCGCAUCUGGUACUGACGUCACCCUGACCAUUGAGGCCGAGGCUCCUGGGGGCACAGACACCAACUACAUUGUGUUGCGUUUCACUGUACUUGAAACGGUGACUGAUUUCACUCAGCCAGUGUGUCAGCUGCUCAGCCUGCAGUCCAACUGCUCUAACAACUGUAGCUCAUCGAUGUGGGAGCUCUCCGUUCAGGUGACUGAUGGGGCUGAAGGGACAGGUGUGGACCGUGUCAGCCUCAGACAGGGCAAUGGAGCCCUGAACACCAGCCUGGCUGCUGGCAGCGAGAACGGAACACUGGUGUCCUACCGGGCUUCUUGCUGCUCGCCUGAUGUGGAGCUGCUGGUUGUGGAUCGCGUGGGUAAUGUAGGCUCCUGUUCCUACUCUGUACGGGAAACAACCACCAAUAGUCCUCAAACUACAGCCAUCACCAAUACAACCAUCACCAAUACAACUACCACGACACCACAGUCUACGACAGCUGUUACUUCUUCAUCUACCAGAGCUUUUCAGCCUUUUCUUUUUUGCCUUAGCAUCGUGAUUCUAGGGCUCAGUUUACCACCUGAAAUGGAGAUGCACUGAGUGUUCACGUGUUGGUGUAGGGAAGAGUUUCAUUUUAAAAUGUUCUUUUGGCUUCUGAAAAUCAACUACACACUCUUUACACUCAGCUGUAGCUAAAACUCAUGCAGUCUAAUACAACAGCCCAGCAAUAAAUCCUAUGAAGUUUAUAUUGACCAGUUUUCAUUAAAACCUUUUUAGAGAGGUGUUGAUUUAAUUUUAUGGUCAUUUUGGAGGCUCUAGUUUGUUGUGCUGCUGAAUUACACUGUCUGAUACUGUGAGGUCUUCCUAUUCUUCCUUAUAUUAUAGUAUUAUUUUAAUAAUAUGUAACAUUAACUACAUACAGUAUAUUAUACUGUAUGUAUAACAGGGUGCUUGAUGCAAUCAUAAGACCUUCAUUAAAAGCUUAAUCCAAAUGUUGUGAUUGAGACGUAGGCCAUGUGAGCAUCUUAAUUUACCUUCAAUCCAUUAUUAU